AUAGGAGGACUUGUUAUAUUUCAAGGUUUUGAGGGAAAGCGUCUAGUUACGUGAAGUUGAGUUGAAGCUAGUGUGAUUUCGAUGAAAAAUAAUCGUUGUAUAUAAUAAGUAACCUAUAAAACUGCCAGUUAUGAGCUAUAAAACAUAACUUACCUUCUUUACAUAGCUAUCGGUGUGAUAGUGCUGAAAAGCUCAGUCCUGACCGCGGUUUUCAUAAAUCUUAAUGUCACAUCUCUCACCGAAACGAGGAAGUUUGUUGAGGACUAUGUCAUCUAAAUUCAACUUCAGCUUCAGGAGAAAAGAGAAGAGAGAAUUUCGGAAUAUAGCUCAUGGUUUGAUCCCUGCUGCCACCAUUGCCCCCAGACCUGCGGUUCCCCGCACUCCUCCCCCACGAAGCCCCAACCCCUCUCCAGAGAGACCCAGGUCUGCCUUGGCAGCUGCAAUAUUGUCUUCCUCCUUGACGGGCCGUACUGUUGCCAUUCCUCCUCCACGCCAAAGAUCUUACUCUGAGAGUGAUUGUUCACGUGCAGACAGCCAAACUGGCUUUGAGCCCUAUGCUGCCACAGCACUGUAUACCAGGGACAGAUGGCCAUAUUCAGUGACAGAAAGACCCACUGUGCCUUCCCCAAGACAUACUGAUGAUGAUGAAGGUGACGAUAGUGAUGAGUUGGAGGGACUAGAGGGAGAUGAAGAUCAUGUGUAUCAGUCCCUUGAGAGGCAGAGCAGAGCUGAUGACAUAAAUGUUGUUUACGCCGUGCCAUUAAAACACAGGAAGGACGAGACCAAUUCAGACGUUGACGAAGAGACAGAAGACUCUGCGUUCGAUAUUGUGUCUCCCCUACAGACUGAAGAGGAAAUUGUGGUGCAGGAAGAAGCAGCUGAAACGCAGCCAUCAUUGCUACGACAACCGAGAUCGGGCUCUCGUGGGAGCAUGGCAUCUCCAGAGCUUAAUGAUGACUGGAGCGCUCAAUCUCACAGAUCACUGAAUACUUCAAAAAGGAAGACCUCGCGGAUGAAGGCGAGUCCAGUGAGAGGGAAAGAGAGAGACAUCAGUCCAGAGGCCAGUGAAGUGUUGCGCAGUACACUAGAGGUGCAGCAAACGCUUGUAAAGGAGCUGAGGGAGCAGACUCAAAUUCUGGCUCAGGAGAAGGAGACACUGGAGAAGAGAUGUUUACAACAGAGUCAGCACAUAGAGCAUCUCCAGCAGGAGCUCUGCCACUCUCACACAGAGAGAGGAAACUCCACAGGUGAGAGCUCUGAGUUGCUGAGUCUGAGGCAGCAGGCUCAGGAGCUGGUGGAUGAGAAUGAUGGGCUGAAGAUGACGGUCCACCGUCUCAAUGUGGAGCUCAGCAGAUACCAGGCCAGAUUCCGACCACUCAACAAGGACGAGAAUGCUCAGCUUAAAGACCUGCCAGUGAAAGGACCUCCACCUCCUUGGCUGCUGGAUAUGAAAUAUUUAUCACCCCUGCUGUUGGCCUAUGAGGACCAUCUGAAUGCCAAAGACAAACUCCUCAAGUCCUGUGAGGACGAUCUACACAGUCUGAGAGCACGUGCAGAGGAGAUCAUUCAGGAAAACGAAAAACUUCAUUCUCAGGUUAACAAGAACAGCACUGUCCGCAAUAAAGAAUGGAGGCAACUGCAGGAGCAGGCUCGCUUGGUGCUGGAGGAGAAUCAAGUGUUGAUCGAACAAUUGGAACUACAGCAUGCCAAAGCUAAAGAAGCUCACAGCAAACAUACACAAGAGGUGUGUAAGGUCUCUAAACAGGUGAUGUUGUUGGAGUCAGAGAAACAGGCUCUGGAAAAAGAGCUAGAGGUGGAGCGUAAAGAACACCGUGCCCUGAAGACAGAGUUUCAGAGAGUGCGCUUGGCUCUAGAACACUCUGUGAGCUUGGCUGAACACAAUGCUGUGGCUGACAAACUUAAAAGACAACUGCAGGAUCAUGAGAAGGUGAAGAAUUGUGAGGUUGAAGAGCUGUUGGCUCGCGUAAGUGCGCUGGAGGCGGAGAAAAAAACUCAGCUGCUGGACAAAACCAACCUUAACACAGAUAUCAAACACUUGGAAACAGAGCUACAGCUUUCACAGCAAGCUAACAGGAAGGCUCAGAGGCGUAUAAAUGUCCUGAAGCAACAGGUUGAAGACUCUUUAGAGAAAGAGCUCAUCGCUCAUCAGUACCUUGCCAACAUUGUCACACUGGCAGAGAAAACCACCCAUGAAAGAGACCAGCUCAUGCACAUGGCUUCAUCUCUAGAAAAAGACAAGCAGGGCGUCCUAACACGCAUCAUAGAAAGCACUGUCAGCCUGGGAAAGCUGCAGGAAAAAGUAAAGGUGUACAAGCAGCAGGCGUCAGCAAGUGUAAAUGCGCUGGGUCACCGUCUGCGCGAGCAGGAGGAAGACUUUGCGGGAAAAGCAGCGAGUUAUCAACGAGAGAUCCGGCACCUGCAGAGUCAACUAAGAGACAGACAGGAACAACUGCACGGAGCUCUGCAGCAGAAGAGAGAAGUGGAAGGUGAACUGGAGGUGGUUUGGGAGGCAGCGACCAGAGAGAGUCAGCGCUUGAGAGAGGUGGUGUUGAGGAGCAGUCCAGCCACCGUGGCUCCAGCCCUACGCAGCACUUCCGGCAAGUCUCCUGCCAGGAUCCCCCAUGUAGAGGAUCAUUUGUCCUGCUCGCUGUCCCCUCCCUUCACCUCCAGACAGAGUCGUCUGCCACAUCCUUUACAGUGCAGCCCCAUGUUUGACUCCGAUUCUGACCAGCACCAGAAUCCGUCAUCUGAUGAGAGCGACAAGAGCGGACGGGACUCCUAAUAAUGUUUUGAGUUCAUGAAUUAAUUUCAAUGAUUUACCUAAGCUUAAUGUUUUGCACUAAGGUUGUCCCACAUCAUUUUCUUUAAUAAGGACAAAGUACGGUAUGCAAUAAUAUAAUUUGCAUCCAUUUUUUGCUCAUGACCUGCAGUGAGUUAAAGUGUCUUUGCUGUUCCAAAUUAUUCCAAUUGUUCCACACACAAAUGAAGAUCUUUUUGAUGAAAUCUGAGAGCUUUCUGUCCCUUUAUUGACAGCUAUGCAACUACCAUUUUGACGCUUUAAAAAGUUAAUAAAGAGAUAGUAAAACGAGGGUUGUCGCAAUAUACCGGUAUUGACGAUAACCGUGAUAUUCAAAGCAUGAAAUAUCGAUAUCGUGUUAAUUUAGGGUGUGACGAAUACCGGUAUUGACGAUAACCACAAUAUUUAAAAUGAUCAGGUGGCAGUAUUGCACCUUAACGCUGACACCUGUCAAACAAGAAGAAGACGCAGCUCGCGCAGCUAUUCCGAGCGGGAGAGUGAGAGGCUCUGUCCACACCCGAAAAAAGUAAAUAAGCUCGACAGCAUGGGAGUUUUUCGGCUCCUUAGACAGCCCAGUCCGCAGGAUUUGCCUAGCUACAGUCAGUGCGAAGGGUGGCAACACCACCAAACUUUUUACCCACCUCCGUGUCCAUAACCCUCCAGAUUACGCCAUUUUACAGAGAGUUAGUUGCGAUUAUUUUACUAGUCAUGGAAUGGGAAAUGUUAUAUUUACCUGUUAACAGCAAUUUUCUGUGUUCAUAUAUUUAAAUAAAGGGUGGUUCUUU